AUGAGCAACGUAGUGGAAGAUCCAAAAGAGAAAUAUACUCUGAUUACAAAGGGUUUGCAGGAAGUUCUCAAUGGACAGAUCAUCAAGAAGGUUCUCGAAGAAGAGAAAAGACCUUUGAAAAUUUACUGGGGAACUGCUCCAACUGGAAAGCCACACUGUGGUUACUUUGUUCCUAUGAUCAAAUUGGCACAUUUCCUUAAGGCUGGAUGUGAAGUUAAAGUUCUUUUAGCCGAUCUUCAUGCCUUCUUAGAUAACAUGAAAGCACCAUUGGAUGUUGUCAACUACCGUGCAAAGUACUAUGAAUUUAUUGUUAAGGCAAUUCUACGUUCUAUUGGUGUUCCAAUUGAAAAGCUUACUUUUGUGGUCGGUUCUUCGUACCAGCUUUCCAGAGACUACACGUUGGAUCUCUUCAAAUUGGCAAAUAUCGUUUCGCAGAACGAUGCCAAGAGAGCUGGUGCAGAUGUGGUGAAGCAAGUGGCAAACCCAUUGUUAUCCGGCUUGAUUUACCCUCUCAUGCAAGUUCUUGACGAACAAUACUUAGAUGUGGAUGCAGAGUUCGGCGGUGUUGACCAAAGAAAGAUUUUUGUUUUGUCUGAAGAAAACAUUGAGGCUCUUGGAUACAAGAAGAGGGCUCACAUGAUGAACCCAAUGGUGCCUGGAUUGGGCCAAGGAGGAAAGAUGUCAUCUUCGGAUCCAAACUCGAAAAUCGACAUUAUAGAGAAGCCAAAAAAGGUUAAGAAGAAGAUCAACAGUGCGUUCUGUGCACCAGGAAAUGUAGAGGAAAAUGGCUUGCUUUCCUUUGUUCAGUUUGUCUUGGGACCUGUUUAUGAAUUGAAACAUGGUACUGGAACGUUCCAGUUCUUUAUUGACAGACCAGAGAAAUACGGCGGCCCAAUUACCUACAACAGUUUUGAGGACUUGAAAACUGCAUUUAAAGAAGAGAAACUCUCACCAGUGGACUUGAAAGCUGGUGUUGCUGCUGGAAUCAACCAAUUGUUGGAGCCAAUUAUUGCCGAAUACGAAGCCAAUCCAGAAUUUCAGGAAGCAGCAGCUAAAGGAUACCCAGAGCCGUCAAAGAACAACAAACAGAAAAAGCAAAAGAAGCAAAAGAACAGAGGAUCACGGUAUCCUGGAAAGAAGGACGAAGAGAAAGAGACCGAAAAGGUGUCCAAGAAGCUUGAGGAGGCAAAAAUUGAGAAUUGA